CACCUUUUUCAAGACACGUGAAAAGCUUAAAAAAUCAUGAGUGGGGUGUUGCUUGUGUAUUUUAUGUCAUAGAAUAAAACGUGAAAAUAUUUUGAGCUUGUGUUAAUCACAGAACUUAUUUCAGGCAUUUAACCAAAAACCCAUUCAAAAAACCCAUUGAGUUGUGGACAAUGGGACCGGAAGUGCGAAAAUGCGAACUAAUUUCCGGGUUUUAGGACUCAUUAGGACUUUAUUUACCUUUUGUAAUUGUAGGCAUGCUGAAUUAGUUAAAAAUCAGCCAGCAACAAGGGAGAGGUGGAAGUGCAGGAGCUGAUAAGGUCUGGUGGUGGGGAGAGAGCGCGUGUGAGAGGCAGGACAGGUGAACUGUCUCAACUCCACACACAGUCCCCACAAUGCCCCCCGCAGCUGCAGCUGAUCUAGGCUACACUCCUCCUGAUGGAGGUUGGGGCUGGGCAGUGGUUUUUGGAUCAUUCGUGUCCAUCGGCUUUUCAUAUGCCUUCCCCAAAUCCCUUACCAUCUACUUCAAGGAAAUCCAGGAGUAUUUCUCCAUCUCCUACAGUGAGAUUGCAUGGGUCUCUUCCAUCAUGCUUGCUACCAUGUAUGCUGCAGGACCGUUGAGCAGCAUACUCGUCAAUCGUUAUGGGAGCAGGCCGGUGGUCAUUACUGGUGGCCUAAUGGCUGGGGUCUCCAUGAUUGCUGCUUCUUUUGGCACAAGCAUCAUACAUCUGUACAUAUGUGUAGGAGUCAUUGGAGGUCUUGGCCUUGCCUUUAAUCUGCAGCCAGCCCUGACCAUUAUUGGGAAAUACUUCCUUGUGAGACGACCCAUAGCAAAUGGUUUGGCCAUGGCAGGAAGUCCAGUAUUUUUGUCCACUCUGGCUCCACUCAACCAGUUUCUGUUUGACAACUUUGGCUGGCAAGGAAGUUUCUUCAUCUUGGGAGCCAUACUAUUCAACUGCUGUGUGGCAGGAGCACUGAUGAGGCCCAUUAAGAUAAGAAAAAAGCCUUCGAAAAAUCAAAACAGUGAUGGCAAUGGAGCAGGAACAGAGAAUAGUGAUUCACAGAAAGUUAGUUUAGUGAAAGGAAAGCAACAGACAAAGCAGACAGGAUGUGCAUCAAAUGUGAACAAAUUCAUUGACCUCUCACUCUUCAAGCACCGUGGUUACCUUAUAUACCUGGUGGGGAAUGUUGUGAUGUUCUUUGGGUUCUUUGCUCCAGUCGUGUUCUUGGCGCCCUAUGCCAAGCACCAGGGGAUUGAUGAGUAUUCUGCAGCCUUCCUGCUCUCCAUAUUUGCCCUGGUAGACAUGGUGGCUCGGCCUACGACUGGCCUAGUGGCCAACACAAAAUGGAUCCGUCCCAGGAUUCAAUACUUCUUCAGCUUUUCUGUGGCAUAUAAUGGGGUGUGUCAUCUGGCAUGCCCUCUGUUGCCCGGGUAUGCAGGUCUGGUGGUAUAUGCAGUCUUCUUUGGGAUGGCGUUUGGAAUGCUGUGUGCACUGCUUUUUGAGGUGCUAAUGGAUUUGGUGGGAGCACAACGAUUCUCCAGUGCAGUUGGACUUGCCACUAUUAUAGAAUGUGCCCCUGUUCUUCUUGGGCCCCCAAUUUCCGGUGCACUGGUUGAUAUCUUCAUGGACUAUAAGUACAUGUACUUUGCAUGUGGCAUAAUGAUGCUGAUUCCUGGACUUUUCCUCUUCAUUAUGAAUUUUUUUAACUACAGAUGGUUGGAGCAGGAACAGCAGAAGCAGAAGCAGGAUGAUCUGCAGAUUGGUUCAGCCAAAGAACUUGCUGCUAUAGAGGAGGCUAAUGAUAUUGAGCAAGACAUCAAAUUCAGUCAGGAAGAAUAAUUUAUGGACUUUGCUAGCAAAGAAGCGUAAUGCUAUGCACUUAGAUUUUAAGUUGAAAAAGCGUACAUCCAUAUAUUUAGUUAAAAAUAGGGUAUUGUUAUAUACCCUAUAAUGCUGCAUAAGAUUAGUAUUACAUUUAUAUUUGUCACGGACCAAUCAUCCCUGAGUGUUACACCUGAAGUCUUACUGUUUAAACUCUCCACUUACUCAGUGUGAAACCUUGCUCCUUACCAUGAGCUUAUCUUUCACACUUCUGUCCUAGCUUUUUACCAUAUUAACAGUGUGUAUUUAGGGCCCAAGCACUGAAAGUGUGCAGGGCUCUAUUGUUUUCCUAAGGAUUAUUAUUUCUAUUAUAAUUAUUUUUUCGGGGUUACGGGGGCUAAGGAUUAUUAUUUCUAUUAUGAUUAUUUUUUCGGGGUUUCGGGGGCUUUUGGGGCCUUUAACAUGCUCAAAAACUCAUGAAAUUUGGCACACACGUCAGACUCUACUACCAUUAGGCCCUGGCAAAGGGUAGCGCAUGGCGUGGUGGGGGGGCUCUGCAGCGCCCCCUUUUACACAGUACAUAAUCUUGGUGCAUAUUUCGUACGUACUUGUACGUAUAUGUAUGAAACUAAGUACAUAAAUUGUUCUCAUCUACCCGAACAACUUUCGUGCUGAAAAUCAUUAGCUCCGCCCAACAGGAAGUUGGCCAUUUUGGAUUUUGUGAAAGUGCUUGUGGUGAACUUUUAAAUACUCCUCCUAGGAGAUUCACAUGAUUGUCACCAAUCUUGGUCAACAUUAUGCCAAGACAUUGACUAUUUUGAGUCAUGGUCAUAGUGCCACCAACUGGCAGCAACAAACUUACAACGGACUAUGCAAUAAUCCUCUUAUAUUUACCCGAAUCGCCCCAGUCUUGGUCAGAAUAAUGUCAAUACAUGGCUGAUGUAAAACUGUGAAAGGAUUUUUGAUGUCUUAGUGUUGUCGUGGUAUCGCAUCAAACAUUAAUACUCUUUUGGGGUGUUUUUGAGGUUCUUAGCAUGCUUAAAAUUUCAUUAAAGUCGGCACACAGGUCAGAGUUAGCGUUAGACGACCGUUAGGCGUGGGCGAAAGCUAAGUUAUGGGUGUGGAGGGGGGCUCUGUAGCGAUCCCUUUUGACUAAAGUGGUGGGGUCAGUUUCACACACAGUUACUAAACUCUGUACAUAUAUUGUUCUCAUUAAGCCAGACAACUUUCCAACUGACAGUCUUUAGCUCCGCCCAACAGGAAGUAGGUCUUUUUGGAUUUAAUGUGGAUUUUUUGAAAUGCAGUCUUUUUUUUUGAAAAGACAUCAUCUACUAUAUAGCUAUAAUUACAUUUAAUCUUUGCAUAGCUGUUACAUUGUAAUUCAAAAUGAAUCAAAAUCACAAACUAGGAGAAACGCACAUAAACAGAGCUAUGUUGCACCCCUUUAAAUUCAUGUGACCACUACAUAUUACUUCACUACAAUUAAUUAAUGGCUAACAUUAAUUAUAAUGUUUAUUAUAAUUUUUUAAAUAAUUUUUUUUUAUUAAUAUUUAUUAUAAAAUUAAGGAUAACAACAUAUGUCUCUUAUCUUCUUCAUGCAUUGUUUAAGCUGUGUGUAAGCUGUAUGUUUGGACAUGGAACCUGUUGUAAAGCCUUAGACCUGGGCUUAACCUAACACAUCAGUGCAAAACAAGUAACUCUACAGCGCUCGCUUCACUAUGAAUUGUUUUUGUACACCCACCGGGUGGCGAUGGCAUCUUAUUGCUUGGGCCCGUCAUCGCUGCUUGCAGCUAUAUUUGUUUUGUUGCUCCUAUCUGUUGUCCUUGCCUUUUGAUCUUCUGUUUCUGAUUUUUUUGUUGCAUUAAACCUCUUGCGUAAGUGUUCUACUUGUA